UAUUAUUAUUUUAUUUAAUAAGAUGAAUUCAGCAGUCAGUUCAUGAUGUCAUCAAAUCGCGACACUUCCUUCUACGCUGCUAAGCUGCACUAACCUAAAUUAAGCUAAGCUAAAAUGUACAGCUGAAGUUGUUUUGGUGUUUUUUUUUCUUCUUCUCCAGUUCCUUUGCUAACGUUAAUUCUGUUCGGAACCGGAGUGUGUUUGUUUAUUUACUUACUUAUUUGUUGGAAUAUUGUUAUUGUGUUUCUAAAUCUGGGGUUUAGUUUGUAGACGUAAAUAUGGCGCAGGAGAGCGAAACCGGAGAUGCGGACAGAGGCAGCGGAGACUCCGUGACGCGAGGCCCGGGCGGAGGCGUGAGGAGUCGGCGGCGCUCCGGAGACACCGCGGCGCAGGUGCGGGCCGUGAAGGCGGCGCUGAUGGACGCUCUGGGACCUCAUGAGCGGCUCGUCAACUACCUGCAAGCGGUGCUUUUGUGGGAGAGACCUGUCCACAGCGUGCUUCUGUACACACUCACCAACUGCGGCUUCUGGUUCUUCGCAUUGAGCUCGUUCAGGCUGCUCUUCCUGUUGGCAUUGGGACUGGUUCUGGUUGUGUGCGUUGACACGUGGAGGAAUCAGAUUUGGCCCAAGAUCAAAGUGAAGCGACUGGAUGAAGGUGAAAAUGAAAGUUGGGGCCUGGUGCAGCCCGGCACCCUGAGCGUUCCCGAGUUGUGCCACCACAUGGCUGAGGUUUGGGUGAGCGGAGCCUCGUGUGCUGCAGAUCUCAUGGAGUUUAAACGACACAACCCUGGCCAGUUCUGUGUGCUGGUGUGUGGGCUGUUCUCUUUCCUGGCCAUGGUGGGGCGCUACAUCCCCGGAUUAGUCCUUUCUUAUGUCGCAGCGUGGGGCGCGUUGUUGUGUCCGCUGGCGAUUUAUCACCGGGUGUGGCCGCGGGCGUGCGUGAGGCUGGAGCCGGCCCUGCAGUGGCUGGACUUCAGCGUCAAAGGCUACAUGAUGUCCAAGCCCAUAGACAACCAGUUCCUUCGUCGACCGAUCAGAAGCGGCACCUCGGGCGACGCCAGCGACAGCGAGGAGGAGCUAGCUGCCUUCUGCCCUACAUUUGACGAGGCAGCGUUUGAUAAGGAAUUAGCCGUGACUGAUUCGGAGCACUCGGACGCAGAAGUGUCGUACACGGAAAACGGCACCUUUAACCUGUCCAGGGGACAGACUCCUCUCACCGAGGGCUCAGAGGAACUCGACAGGCACAGUGACCCAGAAGAGUCAUUCGCGCAGGACCUCCCAGACUUCCCGUCUAUAAACCCAGACGCCACGCUGAUGGACGAUGAUGACGACCCCAGCCUCGGGCUGCCCAGCUCGGCCGGCCAUCAUCGCACCUCCGCCUCCUCCGCUUUGCUGGACCUGGACACGCAGCUGGACUCGGACCAGGACGACUUCGACACCGACCUCUCGCUCGGCGGCUUUACCAUGAGCUCCGACAUCACCGGCGAUCUAGCGGGUAUCCUGGCCAGCAACAUGAUCCAGGCGGCUCUCUCGGGGGCCAUGCAGGCUCCGCGCAGAUACAGGAAACAGUCGAGCUCAGAGCUGGACCCGGAACUGGACCAGGACCAGGACGACUUUGAGCUGCUGGAUCAGUCCGAGCUCAACCAGAUGGAUCCUGUAGGGGGAUCAGGGGCGAGAGGAAGCGGCCAGAACAGAACACAGGGAUCCGGCUUCCUGUCCAACCUGCUAGGGAAGCCACAGUGAGCCGUGUGUGUGAGUGUGUGAGUGUGUGAGUGUGUGAGUGUGUGAGUGUGUGAGUGUGUGAGUGUGUGAGUGUGUGUGUGGGGUCUGAUACACACCUACCUAUAGCAACACCUUCUACCUGUUCUCUAGAGCAUACUCACAGGUGUACUUCUAGGUGUGUGUCUUGCACGGGUCACGAAUGUUGUUGUAUCUGAGGUUCCGCUAGUCGGUGGCUCCAGUCGAUCACUGUGAAGUCGUUUUUGUUUUCUCGGAUGUUUCCCCGUUUUCCCCGACUCUCUUUUCUUUCGUAGGCACAGCAAUAGCACACCAGGACCGGGAGAAGUAUUACAGAAACCAGCAAAGCAAACGCCAAAACCUUUUAACAGCAUCCGAAAGGUAACAAACCGAGCCUUAUUUCUAAACCUCUCCAACGGCAAAAAUUCUGUACAGUCGGCGUCGUUUAAUGUCGAUCCACUCGCGAUGGGACCAAUCCGCCACACAUUCCUGUAGAGACGCCGGAGAUCACGCGCACCUCCAAGAACGCAGCACGCGGUCAGGCGUCGGCUCGUGACCGCGUCCGCGAACGCUGCCGAACGACCAUCGAGGCUUGAUUAGAACGUACCGUAAUCCUCAUUUACCCUGCUUCCUGUUCGACGCUAAGCCGGGGGGGGGGACCCCCGAAUAUUUCGAGCUCAGAGGUCAGUAACUUCAAUUUUGCCAGUAUGUCCUGCACCACAAAAAAAAAAAAGGAUUAUAAAAUAAAAUAUACAGCAUUUCUGAGAAGCACUUUACAGCGAUGACCCUCUUCACGACCGCACCGGAGCGGGGUUCGGGUUCCCAUGGCCCUACUCCGUUAGAACCGUUAACGGUAGCAAGCAACGCGUACAGCGGAAAUAUCGAGAAGGAGGUAACUAGAGCGUCUUCCUAGAAACGCAAGCAACCCGAUAAAAGAUGUUUACCAGCGAACACGGAGCAAAACGCAAGCCUGGAGUAACUCAUAACAACUGUUUACAACCGCGGUGAGCAGAAAAGCAUCUCCGAGCCGGCGGUACAUCGGCCCCCGAGGCGAACGGAGCACAACGACAGAAGACCACACGAGGUAGCGCCGCUUUAAGCCGAGAACAGGAAUCUGAGCACGGAAUCUGGACAUCUGAGCGUUUGAAAACUCUCAGCGUGCGUAGGAAAACCCAAACCCGAUACCGAAGCCAACAUCCGAGAGGGACACGGAUAUAACGCCGACGUCUCCGAUAUCUGAUCUAUCUCGAGUCUGUUUACGUAUUUCACCCGCAGUCUUGAUUUAAAAGCCCACCUCAUGCUGACGUUCCCCUCGGUGGAGUUUUGAGAUGCAUUCUGAUUGACGUGUACACCGCAGUGUGUGUGUGUUAGUAGGAGUAGGAAGCAGUGUGGUGUCGUGCAGUGAUGCUUCAUUUGCUCGUUUGCUGUGGUGUUGUUUUUUUUUCCUUCGAUGACCUGCUCACGUCAUUUUUGUUUCAUCCUUCUACAGUAGAUCUGCAGUAUCGUGAGCUCCGGUUUGAUCUUUGCUGUACAGGUGAAAUGUCCUGAUCUUCACCAUAGAUGUGCGUAUAGAAAUCUAUCGCAUCGUCGUCCUGUAUACAGCUCUACACUGGCUUCUAUAGACGUUACGUGACCAUAUUCGCAAAAAAAAAACCCACUAAAGCGUAUCUAUUAGGAAAAUCUCCGAUCCUUAGCUCGUGCGUGUAGAAUUCGCUGCGUUUGCAACCUACAGACAUCUAAUCUGUAAACAGCUGGAUAGAUUAGACUGCAGUUCUAUUAGGCAAAGUUCAUUUCCCGUUACAGUUAUAGUUACAUUUAAAACAGUUAAAAAUAUUAUCGUGUUUUAUCACGUUACAGCAGCUAUUAACAGCCGCUUCCUCACCAGCACCUCGUUUUUCCUUCAGGGUUAGGGGUUCGAUAUCUCUUGAUGAUGAUUAUUGUUAUUAUUAUAAUAAUAAUAAUAAGAAGAAGAAUAAGUCGAAAAGCAGAAACACACGGCGUGUCGUUAUACGUUUUCAUUUGCUUGGUAGCACGUCGUUAACCCGUCUAUAGGGACGUCCGCCUGACGAUUCCCUAUGUAUGUUGUUGCUAUGGUAACGAUAACGUAUCACAGUGGGCACGUUAAGAUAAAUGACGUAGAGCCGACGGAAACGCCACGUUGUCUUGUACCGGGGUGAUUGGGGGAGGGGGGGGAGACACGACUUUACAGCCAGAGCAAAUGUAGGGGUUAGAGUAGAUUAUGAACUUUGUUUUUAUUCGUAUUUUCAAGUAAUAAAAGGCGUUUUUAUUUAAAAUAUAUAUAUAUAAUUAAUGCAGAAAAGGAGAAGCUGGACACACGAAUUUGAAACGGAUUUCUGAAAACUGGGUUAAAGAAAACGUGAACGAAUCGCUCCCCCCCCCCCCCCCCCGCUACCCACAGCAGAUGAAAGAAAAGAGCGUAAUGAAGAGAUUUGACGUGUUGCUCUUCUUUCAUUCGUGUUAAGUGCGCCCUUUAUCCUGCUUUUGAUUAGAUUUUUUUUUUCUCCUGUUGUUCGUGAAAUCGCGGACGUUUUUCCCUGUCUUCGCCUGUCCAACCAGCACACGAGUGCCCCUGGCAGCCAUGUUUGUGUUCGGAUAGACAUUAUAUCUCGAUGUAGCACGGAAACACGUGACUUUCAUCCUCGCCAUCAUCACGUCAUCUUUUCCACUUCAACCCAGCGUAAAACCUUUUCACGCCCAUAUUAUUCCAUAUCCGAAGGGAAAAUAUUUCAAAUUCGAACCUCCUGCGGGAGCCACUCGAACUCGCUUAUCUUCCAGUACUUACUUCCUGUCCAAUAUGUACAUCUAUGGUGAUGUUAUCUUGACAUUUACGCAGUUGCACAUGCUAGUGGAGGACUUGUAGUCCGUUUUGCACCCGAAUUGAAAGAAACUGACAUCCUGUCGCUGAUAAAGAGGACACGUGCCAGUCAUCGCUAUAUAGUACUCUACAUACGUCACGCUAUUCCACGCACACGAUAAAAUAACGACUUCAACCUUACGUACUGUUCAAAAGCACGGGCUUUCGUUAGAAUGAAUCUAACAUGGCAUCUCUGCAACUACAGAGUAAGGUUCGAGGCGUGCAGUCGGUAUAAAAACAACGUCAUGACGUUAAGGCGAAUUCAUUACCGGCCGAUUUAUCGUGUGUUUUAACGCUAACAUUGAUUGGCGCAUGUCUGGUACAUAUUUUAUUUUCACGAAUAAGAAUUGAGGACUAAUCAGCGCAAAAGCCUGACGUGCAAACUUUAAUUAAAAUGAUAAGGCCCUUUUUAAAAUUUUGUAUUUAUUUAUUUUUUUUUAAAAAAAAAAAGAACCGCACGACGUGUGACGGACGUCAUUUGCAUCGCCGAAUCACACACACAUGCCGACGUGUUUCUUUUUCCACGCUGUCUUUCCAUGAGGAGAAACGUAAUCGGCGGUCGUCAACUUAUUCUCCUGUCGUGAGCCGGAAGGAAAUCACUUGACAUUAGGAUCCAAACGAAACCAUAAAACAUCAAACAGGAGCGAAAUAUCAGCAUUCCGGCUGCCUGUGUUCACCUCACAACAUAAACGACUUGUAAAGAGAUUUUUUUUUUUCUAGAUAAAGAAAUGGUAAUUUAAUAAAAUGUGUAGUUGAUAAAGAAUUGAGAUAUUCUGCAGCAUAAGCGUCAUGUACAUCUGAUAGAUCUUCUGUUACUCUGUAGAUUUUUGAUAUGUUUUGAUGUGCAAUGAAUAAAUUCUGAAAUAAAAACCUUUCCCACUUUUUAAA